AUGCUAAACGGGCACUCCCAAAUAGAUACAAAUGGUCUCGACGAUCUUGAUGGUUUACUUUCUAUGAAUGAGUUGAAUGAGUUUGACAUGGGCAAAUAUACAAUGAAGAUUCUCUCAGGUUCAGAUCGUUUCUAUCAAAUCAAAUCUAGUCGAGCGGCUCAAUUAGCCAAUACGAUGGCUAUGUAUCGAAAAGAUGGACUAUUUUGUGAUGUUAGCCUAUGUGUCAGUGGUCAACGAUUCUUAGCACACAAGGUUGUCUUAGCAUCAGCUUGUCCGUACUUCUCAUCUAUGUUUGGCAGUGGAGGACACGUCGAAUCACAGACAUUACAAGACAUUGAUUUAAGUCAAACAGUGCCCUGUUCGAAUGCAAUGAGUAUUAUCUUAGAUUUUCUCUACACGUCACAAGUCCAGCUGAAUGAUAAAUGUGUUCUUGGUGUUCUAAUAGGUUCACUUCCAUUAUUAAUCGAUGAUUUAACUGAAUUGUGUGUUGCGUAUCUUCGUGACCAAUUUCAUGCAUCUAAUUGUGUGGGACUAUUUCUUUAUGGUAAACAGUAUCAAUGUCCGCCGUUGACGGAAGCUGCUCUACAUUAUAUAUUCGAACAUUUCGAAGACGUGGUGCGGCACGAAGAAUUUCUUACGCUUAGCUUUUCAGAUGUUUAUUCAAUCAUUAAAGAUGACAAAGUCAAAGUUAAAUGUGAAUCCAUUAUCUAUAACGCUGCAAUGCAAUGGGUGCGGCAUGAUGUAACAAAUCGACGCGCUGAACUCUCGGAAAUCUUACCAUGUAUACGUCUGCAAUUUCUCGAUCCAUUGUUUUUGAAAGAUGUUAUCAACUGUGAUGAUUUUGCUCCACCGGAUAUGCAACGUUGUCGAGAAUUUCUGGCGAAUGUCUACGAAAAUCUAACAUCGCAUCGAUAUUUUCGUUUACCGCCGCGUCGCGCUCCGAUUAAACCACUUGUUAUCUACUGUGCUGGUGGAUAUUUCAAUAAGCCAAUUCAAACGAUGGAAUGCUACUUUUUAGAAACACAGAAAUGGAAACGAUGUGCAGAUUUACAGAUACCACGAAGUGGAGUUGGUGUUGUUUCUCUGCAUAUGCGUGUUUAUGUUAUUGGUGGGAAAUUCAGUACAAAAAACGAAACUCGAGAUUGCCGUGACGUCGAACGUUACGACCCAUUUGUGAAUAAAUGGACAACAGUUGCACCGAUGAUCUACCCACGAAAUCGUCUUGCUGUUGGUACUAUCGAUCAUAGUAUUUAUGCUGUUGGCGGUCUAUGUGGUCAACAAUUACAUGCAACCGUUGAACGGUACACUCCUCUGUCUGAUACAGACGUUUGGGAAGAAGUUGCUCCUAUGCAUAUACCACGUACGGGGCUAGCUGUUUGCACACACAGUCGGUUGUUAUAUGCUAUUGCUGGUUUUGAUGGACAUCGACGAUUAGCCGAUGUAGAAUCGUACAAUCCUGAUACAAAUAUAUGGAAGCGUGAACAGCCGCUUCUAUGUGCUCGAUCUGGUGCUGCAGCUGCUCCUCUAGCUGAAUGUAUAUACGUUGUGGGCGGUUAUGCAUCAGACAAUAUCGAAGGGCCCAUGCAACUGGAUAUUGUCGAACGAUACGACACAUUGACUCAACAAUGGUCUUUUGUUCGACCAUUGAAUUGUCGUCGAUCAGCACUGAGCUGUGUGCCGUUGGACAAACGUCUUUUUGCUCUAGGUGGUUAUGAUGGGCGAAGCUUUUCAUCUACCGUCGAGAUUUACGAUCCUGAAAAGGACGAAUGGACAUACGGAACACCCUUAACCAGAGAACGAAGUGGACACGGUAGUGCCUUAACAGUUGAGCCAACCUUAGAAGAAGAUGAUGCAUAA